UGUUUUCAGGUUACUGCGUGACUUUAUGUUCUAUAAUGACAAAAAAAUAUUGAUUUCAUUGUGGAAGGAAAGAUGGGACACAAAAGUGGGAGAUACACGUUGAGAAACCCAACUAAUGGUGUACAGUGUAAAGGUUUGGAAUUGUGAUAAUGCACAAUUGAGAGGACUCACAGGAAAAAAACAACCACAACUGGACUGUUUAUCACAUCCAGAAUUAUAUGUGAGUCUAGUAAAACUACUCACCAACAAAAUUGUAAGUGUUUUAACUGUUUGGAAUGAAUGUAUAUUUACUUACUACCAAGGACAUGUUGUUUUCAAAAAUCACAGUGCAAUAUUUAUUUGGAAUUAUUUAUUUGGAACAUGGGAAGUACAGCUGUCAAAAAAGCUAAUGGUAGAUUUCAUAAAAAUGUAAUUUUGCACAUUUUUUUAUUUGUCCGUCCUUUAUAGAAAUAUUGAGGUUAUGAAAAUCAUUAGACCACAUAGAUUAUCCCCUAUAUUGCAAUAUACAAUACAAUGAUCAUAUUGCUUCUAAAUUUACUCAAACGUCUUUGUUGUCUACAUUUAUAGGUCCUUGUCUCAUUGUUCAAAAAGGUUUUCAUGAUGCUUCAAAACAGGUACAGUAGAUCUCAUGAUACAUAGAUAAUUUAGCACUCCUGGGAACUGGAGGGGUGGCACCGGCGUUCACCGGUGUAGGGGGUGGGGAGCUCAUGCGGGUGGAGCUUCAGGGAUGCGGGAGCCGGGAGUUUUUUCUUUGCCUCCUAACCCGGUAAACAGAAUCCCGAACCCUGCCCCCGGUAUGACACUCUUUAGAGUGGUCUCCCCGACUGGAAAAGGUGCAUUAGGACCCCAUGCGGGAUGUUUCCGCACGUUCCUGCUUGAUUCCGCUUGACGGCAUUCCAACCCUCCCCUCCCCCUGGAUUGUGAUCUUUGUCUAAUGACAUGCAAAAAUAAAUAAUAAUAAAAUAAAAAAAACAGGUACAGUAGUAGGCUUUAAUAUAAAAUAUAACAAGAUAAACUGAUUUAGAAUACUUAAAGGAACACUCCAAGCACUGUAGCCACUAUAGAGUUCUGUAGUGGUUAUGCUGCCAGUAGUGUUCUGGUGCCUCCAUUAUUGUGUGUAUUCAAACUAUUUUAGAAAGGUUUAAAUUUGUACCUGCAAUUUACAGGGUGCUGCUCAUUGGUUCUUUUUUUUAAAUUUUACAAAAAGUGCAGAUUUCAAUAGAAAUUGUCACCUUUAUAAAUUAACCUUGUUACACGCCCCUGAUUGUCAAUCAGAUCACCGGUUCUCUUAGUUGCUGGUUGUUUAGCUCAGUGGACAAUCAAUUGCCCAAAGAACCUGCAUUCCAAAUGUAUCAUUUAGCUGCAUUGAAAAGGCUGUGAUUGGACAGCCACAGAAAGUCUAGACUGGAUUAGAAGGGGAGGGCUUGCAAAGGCUUCAGACUAGAGAUAUUCACUUUUUGUAAGACUGUUUUUGGAUAUACCUCCAAUGGAAAAUGUAUAAUUAAAUGCAUGCAUGCUUUUAGUGGGUUAUUUGUGAUUUGUUUAUUUUGGAUUUUUUGUUUUUGUUUGGGGAGGGGCUUUGAUGGUGUUAAAUACGCUGCUGGCACUUCUAGCCCAGUGCAGGGGUGCUUCCCCCACAACAGUCUGUGUAAAGUUUUGAGUAGGCAUAGGGUUGAUUCAAGAAUAAUAAUAAAAUACAAAUUGUACAUUACUUUACAUCAUUUGAAAAAUAAUAUUUUGAGCAAUUCUUUUUUAUGCUAGUUUUCUUAGAAUAUUUUUUCUUUUUCAAAUGUAAACGGUUUAUCAUUUGCUAUUUGUAUUGCAAUUCAAUGUGUUUGUUCUCUGUAGGUUAACAAAUCACUCUUCUUAUUUGCUGAUUCUACUGCUAUUCUUGUCUCAAAUCCAGCGUUCUCUAUCAGGUAUGUGAGUUACAGCAAUUACUUUAUCAGCAGCAGCUUGCCAACAAUUAAGCCAAUAAAACUAAAACCAUUUCUGUAUAACGCAGGCUAUUAUCCCUAAUUCUGUUUACUGUUCCCUUCUUUUAACAAAUUUGAGUUUGUACAUUAAGUCAUCCGACUAGUUACCUCUAUUCAAAACCAGAGUGCCUCCUUUUUGACUCCAUGUUAAUCACUGUUAUGAGCUCUGCUCUUUGCACCUUUUGGUGAGCCUGGGAAGUGAAGAAAACUAAAACAAUAAGUUCUGUUUCUCCUUCUUUAAAGCAACGAUUGCCCUGGCUAUGCCAGGAUUGAUGUGGUUUGUGAUGGCAAUUGCUAACUCUAAAGUUAACAUUUUAAAAGAAAACUAAGUAUCAUGAGAGAUAAGAAAAGAAAACCUAUAUUUUUUUAUUUAAACAAUAUAUAUAUAUUCUCCUUUUUAAAAUGACUGAAAAACAUCAGAUUUAAAAAAAAUGAACUAUGACAUAUAGUAGAUGUAAUUCCAUAUCCCAUUUAUCCUGGCUACAGGCAAUGGACAUACAGGUUUUAUAGUUAGAUUCCAAACUCUACUCAGAUGAGCAACUGACCAGAUGAUAUUAUUGAUUGAUAGUAUCCAAUGAUCAGAUCAUUGUAACAAUAUAUGGCACAAGGAAUCUGAAAUGAGAGUCUAGCAAAGAUACAUAUGACAUAUUCAGAAAGUCAAAGGUUGUUCACUGAAAAAGUGAAUUGAAAAUUUCAAGGCGAAGAUUCAGAUCAACUAAUUUUACCUAAUAUGUUGAAAUUCACUUUGUUCGCAAAUCACGCUUUAGUAAAUAACUGAUCAGUGAAGAUGUAUACACUGCAAACUUGCAUAUUAGAGAUGUUUAUUUGAAUUCAUAUUUAAACUACUGUGAUAUCUAAAAUAAGAGAAAUACAAAUAAAUACUCACAGAAUUUAAAAUGGAGAAAGUCCUAAAAUGUCUAUCAUUCAAUCAGUAGUGAUUUUUGGUUUCUUUGUUAAUGUAUGUGGAUCCAAAAUCUAGGUUUUAAAAGUUAGAGUUGCAGUCCUCAAUGCAUUGAAGGCAUGUACCUCUCUAACCUCAGACUACCCCUACCCCACUCAAACAUGUAUACAGCUAACUCUAAAUACUCAGGGUUGUUCACGAACUUCACAUUUAAUGCCAAAGUAGCAUAUAGCCAUUUUUAGCUAUUAUUACUAUGAAUUUGAAUUCACUUAGAACAGUCAAUUAUAUUCACUAUCAUUCACAGAUCGAUUUACUGUAAUUGCUACUAAAACACCUAUCAGCGCUACAAUUGGUUCAGAUGUCACUUUAUCGUUUCAUCUCUCGCCUGAAAUCAAUGCUGAAAAUAUGGAGAUUGGAAUUUCUAGAUCUCCAUCUACAGAAUUUGCAUUUUUGUAUCGCCGUGGUCAAGAGGUGACUGGAAGUCAAAUAAAAGGAUACAAAGGAAGAACAAAGCUUGUAACAGAACAUUUAAAAAUGGGGGAAAUCUCCUUGCUAAUCCGUGAUGUUGGCCCAUUUGAUAACGGCAUAUACUAUUGUUUUGUUCAGUCUGAUAAUUACUAUAAUGAAAACAGCUUGGAGCUCAUAUUAACCAGUAAGGUUUUUUUUUUUUUGUUCUUGUGCUCUUUUAUAUGAUAAAGCAAACUCGUUGAUUAUGAACACAUAUACAUAUUCUAAUUAAUUCAUGAAAUAUUUUGAAAAUCCAAGCUUUCUCCUACAACAGUAGACAUCACAAAAUAACUUCAGUAGACACACCAAUGCAUUCUACUGCAAGAAAACCAACUUUAAAAGUAGGACGUUGAAAUGUGUUCACCCUCACAAAUAUUUCUAGAUCACAAAUCCUAUCAUUCGGUAAUUCUGCCAGAGAAACCAUGUAGAGUACGUAUUUGACAUCACUGAUGCAAAUGUUUUCUUGAGGUUGAGUGGAUUAGUUCAUGGGAAUUUUCAACCCUUUCUUGUCUUGCUAAUCACAUAUCUGCUUGUGUUGUGUUUGAUUUUUUUGGAGAUAAUGUUCGUUUUGUUUUUGCCCAAACAUGCAUUGGUUAACAUCUACAAAGAUAGUAAUCUAAAUCAGGGAUUCACAACAGUGUUCAUGUAGCUAUACAGUGGUGCUUGGAUUUACCAGGUAUGUUCCAGUCAGGAUAUAUGUAAAACUGGGUUGGAUUCAACAAGCACAGAUAAAUAAAGGUCUCUGUUGGUACUGAUCAGUAGUUUUUUUCAUAUUGACAGUGGUAAAAAUCCCAUCCCAUAGCUUGAGUUAAAGAGAACUCUUGUCAUAGAGUCCAGCUCUGCAACAGUUGUGUGCGUGAUUAUAGACCUGCGGUGUAAUGCUCUAAAUCAGGGGUGGCUUAUAGAUCCAUAAAUAUUAAAAAACUAUACCUCCCAUGUGGCUUAACCAACAUUAAAAGAACAUCCAGAGUACCAUAACUACUAUAGAGCACUGUAUUGGUGCCAGGAGUGCUAUGGAGCUCCCCCUUUAGUGUGGGGAGCUGGAUGCUCCUGCUGUGCGCAUUGGCUGAAAGUGUCAGAUGAUAACUCUCAGCCAGUGACCUAAGCCCGUAUUGUCAGACUUAAGUCAAUGCGAAGAGCUUCUGGCUUUCACAGAGGCAUGCACUAUAACCACUUCAGAACACUGUAGUGGUUAUGUUGCUUGGAUUGUGCCUUUAAGGCCAACAAAGCAUCAUGGGAUCUGCCUUUGACCACCACAAGUUUAAACAGGCAAAAUCAAAGAAAUCUUGGCACAAUUUUGAAAAAAAAAAAGCUUCAACAAGCCACAUUAUUAAUUAUACUCUAACUAUAUAUUAUACUUUACCUGGGCUUGAUAACAAGAGAACCCAACGUCAUGUUGUUUUUGUUCUGAUUUACAGUGUUGGGCACUGGCCCUGUGAUUCGAAUAACUGAUAAGGAUAAAGGCAUUACAGCUGUGUGUGAAUCUAACGGUUGGUAUCCUAAGCCUACAGUUCUGUGGAAGGACAGUCUAGGAAAACCAUUGGACAAUUCAAAUGAAUCGAGCACGGAAGACGAAUCAAGAUUGUUAUCAGUCUAUUCUUUAAUAAACGUCAACCCCAACAACCCAACAUUUUGCAACUUCAGAUCUGUGUUGUUAAAUAUACAAAAUCAACCAGGAAUAAGGAUUUCAGGUCAGUGAAUUAUAUUUAAAAAGAAAAAAAAUCUGUGUAAAUAUAAGUUUUAUGUUAGGAACUUCAUAUCCUCUUGUUUCCUCUCCACCUAAAUUAGUCAUCAUUUAUGUUUAAUCUCAUCAUUACGGUGUAGCAAAAAACUUUGCCAUCUUAAAAUAGUAAUAAAAAAAACCAUUUCAUUGCCACAUGCAUAGCCUAAAUUAAUCAUAAAGAUAUGGGUUACAACAAUGGCUUGUUUAUAUUUUUCUUGCGUUUGAAUGUUUUUUAUAUCAUAUUAUCUGUUAAAAAAAAAGCCAUUCAAAUAUUUCUGGCUACUUCAAAUAAACAUUGAGGCUAGGGCCUAAUAAUAUAUAUAUUUUUUUAGGAGGAUCAAUUUUGUAUACACGUAGCACUUGACUUCUUUGACAUCUGUUAAAUCACCAACACCAUCAAAUGUCCCAUACACAAUACAGCAGAGAUGUUGUUCAAAAUGUCUACAAUUAAGAGAGUGGAUUUCUGCUCUCAGUUGCACACAUACAGAAAACGGUUUUCUGCGAAGCCACACUUAACAAAUGUGAAGCCUUGGGCAAGAAUAAAUUACAAGGCCCAACCCCAUCACCAACAUUGUGCACAUAAAGACAAACUUAGCCACAAGCACAUCUACAAACAUCAUUUGCCACAACCUUAACCUUAUUAAGGAGGCCCACUAUGCAACAAAACUUUAGCUUAAUGAAGUGGUUUUGGUAUAUAGAUCGUGCAUUUUUACUACUCAAUUUUCUACAAUCUGGACAUUUAAUCCCUUUGUUCAUGCAGCCCUAGCUGUGACGUACACAGCCUCCAUACACACUUACUGAAAAACAAAAAGGCCUUAAAGUACUAGUGACGGGCAGCUAUAGUUGCUAGUCUUUUUUAUUACAGCACUGGCUGCUUGCUAUUUAGCAGACAUGCCCCCACUCCCAACAUGGCAAGUGAGGGCAUGGGGGAGAUUUUAGACCAUCGUACUGGCCACCAUAGGCUUUUUAUUUUUUUUUUUAACCAUUUGCCGCCAGCUGCUAGUGCUGCCAGCAGGGAUAUGGUCAAUAAAAGCAUAUUUCAACCACUUUUUGCUGUUAUUUUCACGGCCAUUUUACUGAGAGAUCAUUAAGGGCUGUAUUUUUGACAUACCUGAGCAGUGGCAGUGCCUAUGUGGUUUCAUUGUGUGUAGGUCACUACUUAUCUUUAUAGGAGUACCUUGUCUGCUAACUAAAAGUUUGGGAGGUUAGAAUGGAAGACCGCAUUUGUGUCAACGUUUGUUAUAUAGUUAUACUUAGUUAUAUAGUUAUAUAGUUGAAAAGAGACUUGCGUCCAUCAAGUUCAGCCUUCCUCACAUAUGUUUUUGCUGUUGAUCCAAAAGAAAGCAAAAAACAGAGUCUAAGGCGCUUCCAAUUUUGCAACAAACUAGGAAAAAAUUCCUUCAAAAUAACCCAAAACAGCAGUCAGAUGUCUCCUUGGAUCAAGCAGCUAUUAAACCACUAAUUAAAAAUUAUAUCCCUGUACGUUAUGUUUUUGCAAGUAUUUAUCCAAUUGCAGUUUAAACAUCUGUAUAGACUGACAAAACCACCUCUUCAAGCAAAGAAUUCCAUAUCGUUAUUGCUCUUACUGUAAAAAAACCUUUUCUUUGCCUUAGAUGAAAUCUCCUUUCUUCAAGCCUAAAUGUGUGACCUCGUGUCCUACGUAUAGCCCUGUUUAUGAAUAGAUUUCCAGAUUAUGGUUUGUACUGGCCCCGAAUAUAUUUGUAUAAUGUUAUAUCCCCUCUCAGGCGCCGUUUUUCCAAACUAAAGAGAUUUAAAUUUUUUAACCUUUCUUCAUAACUAAAAUGCUCUAUUCCUUUUAUUAAUUUUGUAGCUCAUCUCUGCACUUUUUCUAGUGCCAUGAUAUCUUUCUUUAGAACAGGUGCCCAAAAUUGCACAGCAUAUUCAAGGUGUGGUCUUACCAGCGAUUUAUAAAGAAGCAAAAUUAUAUUUUUAUCUCGAGAAUUUAUGCCCCUAUUUAUACAUGACAAAACCUUACUGGCCUUAGCAAUGGCAGAUUGACAUUGCAUAUUGCUGACUAAUUUGUUGUCUAUAACAAUUCCCAAAUCUUUCUCGUGUGUGGUUAUCCCUAGUUCACUACCAUUUAGGGUGUAAAUUGCUUGUGCAUUCUUAAUCCCGAAGUGCAUAACUUUGCAUUUCUCUAAGUUAAAUUUCAUCUGCCAUUUUAGUGCCCAAUCCCCCAAUCUAUCCAAAUCCCUCUGCAGCAAGGCAAUAUCCUGCUCACAUUUUAUUACUUUACAAAGUCUUGUGUCAUCUGCAAACACUGAUACAUGGCUUUUAAUGCCCAUUUCAAGAUCAUUUAUAAAUAUGUUAAAUAGAAGCGGUCCCAAAACAAAAUCCUGAGGGACACCACUUACCACUUUUGUCCAGCUUGAAAAUUUACCAUUAAUGACAAAUCGUUGUACUCUAUCCUUAAGCCAAUGUUCUACCCAAGAACAAGAAUAUUCAUCUAGACCAAUUUCUUUUAGUUUGGAGACUAACCUAUUGGGAGGAACCGUAUCAAAUGCCUUGGCAAAAUCCAAGUAGAUCACAUCCACUGCAACUCCUUGACCUAUACUUCUACUUACCGCUUCAUAGAAAGCAAUUAGGUUAGUUUGACAUGACCUAUGUUUCAAAAAAACAUGCUGAUUAUUGCUAAUAACACAGUUCUUCCCAAUUAAUUCCUGAAUAUUAUCCCUUAAUAACCGUUCAAAUAAUUUCCCAGUCACAGAAGUUAAGCUCACAGGUCUAUAAUUUCCAGGCAAGGAUUUUGAACCCUUUUUAAAUAUAGGAACAACAUCUGCCUUCUUCCAAUCCUCCGGUAUAAUACCUGAAACAAAAGAAUCUUGAAAAAUUAAAUACAGAGGUUCACUUAUUUCCCCACUUAGCUCCUUAAGUACUUGUUAAAGAUCUAAUGAUGUCAUGAUCAGGUUGUUCGUGAUGCAGGUCAUUAGUUGUCGGAUAUCACUGAAGGCAUUAGAAAAUUUUGUUUGGUUACUCUGUCACAGGGCAGAUCUUGACAUUUGGAAGAAAAUAAAAUGAGUGCAAAUUUCUAUUUUAACAAUUUAACUAUUCAGUGUUUGACCAGCAGAUGGCACCACAAACGUAUAAUUAAAAAUAUAUAUCUUCGCUUAUAUUUGGAAGACAGAUGAAAUAUGUACAUUUCUCAAAAAUUGACCCACGUCUUGCCAAUUGCAUGCACGUCUCGAAGAUCAUACAAAAAUCUCAGACAGACAACAUACAUCUCUCAUUGAAACCACACUGAGACAAGAUAUGGACUUUUGGUCCAGUUACUAUAAGACUAGUUUAUAUAUAAAAAAAAGCAUAAUUGAGUACUUUUGUCAGACGUGGAAAUAUUUGAACAAUAGACCAGAUUCCCAUAGCUUCACUCAGAAAGACGACUGUAGUGAUUUUUAUGAUAAACAUCUAAUACUAUUUAUUAAAAAAUAAUGGUGCUGUAUUUAAAAAAAAUUUAUAUUGUAUUUUAUUUCCUUUUCCGACAGAUACUUUGUACAACAGAGUGGACCGUUGUUUUACUUCUUUGAUUUUUAUAUCUGCCGUAUUGCUUUCAUUCACUUUACCCAUCAUGUAUGGUUUGUAUAAAGUUAGAACACUGAAAGCCAAACUGAAAGGUAAUUAAAAUAAGUAAAGUACAUAACAAUGUAUAAGAUAAUGCAGAACACAAGAAAGGGCUAUUUUGCAUUGAAAGUUCUGUGUCAUGGGAAAAAAAUGAUUACUGAACAUGUUGUUAUAAUGUUGGAACUCCAAUAACAUAAAACACAAUGAUCAAGGAGCUACAAGAGGAAUAUUUUAAGGUGUUAGUAACUGUACUGCUAAGAGGAGGGGGUGCCCCUGAAUAACAAACUCAAAUAAUAGAGAUAUAGUGUUUACAAACUGUUGAAAGAAAUCGAGCAUCAAGAGAAAAUGAAUCCCAAAAGUUUGAGGACUAUGAGGCAAUAAAAGAACAUGGAAAUGAGUAAGAGCUCGGUAUUUGUCUGCUGAUAAUGAACAGAUAAUUAUGGGAUGGAUGUGUUAAAGAUCCAAACUUUAGAGAAAUAAGUCCAUUAAUGUUAAAGUGGUUGUUGUUUCCCAAAUUCAUGUAGCUAUAUGUUUAAAUAGAGAAUUAUGUCUAAACAUGUAAUGGGUUAAAUGGGUUGAGCUCAACAAGUCAGGGAACAGGGUUAAAUACCACCCUAACACCCUAACUGUUCCAUUAUCUUUAAAGUGACACUGUAGGCACCCAGAGCACUUCAGCUCAUUGUGGUAAUUAAGUGCAGUUUCUGAGAAUUACCUGCUAGGUUUAACUCCUCCUUUAGUGCUACCAGACAGCCACUAAAGGGACUUCUGGGUGCUUAGACGACAUUAGGUUGCCUAAAUGACAUUGGACAUCCUCCCACUGUGCAUGAGGACUUCCAGCGACCCUUCAGCUUGUUGGAGAUUUUAGAAUUUUGACUUUCCUUUCUUUUAUGAAAUAUUGAUUGUUAAUACAAAUGUUUUGUUUUUCACCAAACUUUCAACUUUGGUCAACUUGGUCAACUUUGGAAGGGUUAAUAAAUAUCAGCUGUACUCAGCAGCAUACAUAGGUAGGACGGGUCCCUGUCCUAUCAGGUUAUAUAGCAUUAUUCCCUGCAGGCACAAAGCAGACAUUAAUUGUGAACUCCCUUACAAUCUAAUGUAAUUUUCUUCAACACCCUCUUAAGGAAACACAAACUGCCUGGGAUAUAAACAAAAAUAGAAGUCCAAAGGUGUCCCAAUGUAGGGUGAAGAAAAGUAAUAUUGUAGUUCACGGAUGACAAAAAAAAGAUACCUUUUGCCCUAAAGGCUUUAUUCAUUCAGCCUGAAGGCUUUAGUCAUUCGGCCAAAAGGCCGAAACAUUGUAUCCUUUUUGUCCUCAUUGAACUACAAUAAAUACAAUUUUUCUUCAUCCUACGUUGUGACACCUGUGGACUUCUAUAUUUGAUUGUUCCUGGUGGGCGGCGGACCCCCCCUCCACAAUGCUCCCUCGUACAUUUACACGUGUGCAGCACUCCCUGGACUUUGUGCCUGGGAUAUAAAGAUAUAGGUGACAAGUACAUAAUAGGUGUUAAUAAUUCACAUGCAUCACCUUAAUCACUAUAGGAUGUUAUAAUGAUGAAUGCAGUUAUAAACAUUUUUAUAAAGAUUUAAUAUUCUGUACUUGGAAAUAGUAGGCCUAGCAGUAAACUGGAUACGAUAAAGGGUAAGGUUGACAGUAAGGCAUAUUACUAAUUGUUCGGUUGGAUUGGUUUAAAAGAACACACCAAGCACCAUAACAACUACAAUGUGUUGUAUUGGUUAUGGUAACAUGAGUGCUCAGUAGCCCCCUCAAUGUAGGUAGUCAAAUCAUUUGCUAAACCUUUAAAAAUGUGAUACUUAGAUUACUCUAUACAGAAUUAGUUAAUGCUAAAGAUUAUGUCUAUUUCAAGAUACACAGUAUUUUGAAGAUGAUGAUCGGUUUUUAAGUAUUCUCUCUACUUAUAGGGCUUUUUUUUUACCCACAUAUAUUUCUAUUAUAUUUAGCUAUUUAGUAUUUGACCUUAUGAGUUUAGAAUAAAGGUUACGUUUAAGAUUAUGCACAGAUAUUUUAUGUGUUCUGUAUACUUCACCUUUGGGGUUACCUCCCCUUUUUUUAUUGGUGAUGGGGUUAUUAUUCUGUAUAGGUGGCUCUUCACUUUAUUUCUGUUAAGUAUUACUACUAUACUAUUAUUAUACUAUUAUCUUAAAGGCAUAGUCUCUUCUGUGAAAAACGUAUGUGUAUGUAUAAAUAUGUAUAAUAGUAUAGUAACAUAUUUUUCUGUUUUGUAUUUGACUUUUCUUGUUUUUCUCAACAGAAACGGACAAUAGAUUACGCAAGUUACUCAGAAUUGUAACAAUUCUGUUUUUGUUUUGUUUUUGCAAUCUUUAUGAAAGUAAAUAA